AUGAACCAACCUAGUAUCGUAAUUGAUACCGAUGAGAAAUUGGCUCUAGUUUGUCGGUUAUUAUUCUAUCAGCCCACAGGUAUUAUUCCAACCCUUGAAAACUAUGGAAAGAUCUUAAAGUGGAGGGAUAUUAAUACACCACAGGCUAGUUAUGGUAAAAUUCAGAAACCAAAUUGUGUACAUCAAUGCAACCUCUUAUUUCUUACACAUGAUAAAUAUAAGGGGAAGACAUGGAAAGCAGUAUUACAAAUUAUAGAUGUGGCUAGCAGGUUCAAAGCGAGUAUUUCUCUCAUAUUGAAGAAAAGUUCAGAGGUUGCUAAAGCAUUCAGAAAAAUUUAUGAUAAUCCCAAUAACCCUCUUACAUACCCGACACUUUUACAAUAUAAUAAUGGUAAAGAAUGGGCAGGACAGACAAGCCAACUAAUGAAAGAACAUGGUGUA